CGCUAUACGUGGACGUGUACUUCAUAAUCCAAAACAAGUUUGAAAUUGAAGCAGGAAAUUAAAUGUAGAAGAAAAAAAAAAAAACCGGAUAAGAUAAAUUCAAAGAAAUAGAAAAAAAAACACGUAUACAACAUUAUCUGUAUAUUCAGAGAAAUGCACCUAUUCUGCAAGUUUUGAAAAAAAAAAAAAAAAAAAAAAAAAAAGAAAGACCAGGUCAGAAUUAAAUAAUGAGGUUUGAAAAAUAACAGGGCUGAAGUCAUGACAAAUGAAUGUGUAAAGGGAUUUAAAUCAGUGUACAAUUUCUAGAACUUUCCACUGGGCUGUUUUUAACUCAUCGGGUUUAUUUCCACUGUAAAGGGAUAUUCAAAUUAAUAAUUAAAACGUGGGAUAUACAAAUGUGCGCUGAUAAAUCUAUUAUAUUGCGAUAUAAUAUUAGGUUUCAUAAUAAAAGAAAUGGGAAACAAAUAUUCCGAAAUCGCAGGUUUUAUUUAUUGGGAUUGCUAGCGACUGUAUUCUGAGCAUAUCAGUGUAAAACAAGAUAGAGGAUAGAGAACUUUAUAUCGCUACCGUAAAUAGUGAUAACAACACAAACACUUAACCCGAAAAUCUGUUUUGAAAACAAUCAUAACGAGCUGCGCCGAGAAAGAAAAGUUUAAGAAAACGUCGCCGCUGGCGUGACAUUUGAAUGGGAUAUAUUUCUAAAUAUUUAUGGUUGAAGUCUGAUGGUUGGACCAGGCCGUUGACCGCGGUUUCUCCUUUCUCAGAGUCGGGAUCGGUGUUUGUAAAGGGCGGUGGGAUUUUCCUAUGAUGGCCCCUCGGCUGCAGCUCGAAAGGGCAGCCUGGCGCUGGAUUGAGUCGGUGAGACCCGAGGAUGUCAAAACUGAGCAAAUUGAGACCGCAUACCGUAUCAGACUGCAAGCCUGCAAAAGAGGGACCUGCAGAAGAAACUGCAAAGGAAACCCUAAUUGCUUGGUUGGUAUUGGAGAACAUACUUGGUUAGGAGAAAUUGAUGAAAAUACCUUCCACAGCAUUGACGAUCCAAACUCAGAAAGAAGAGACAAGAACACAUUUGUUGGGCUGACAAAUCUUGGUGCUACCUGUUACGUGAAUACAUUUUUACAGGUGUGGUUUCAUAACCUGGAAUUGCGGCAGACGCUUUACCUUUGUCAGAACUCCAGGGCUGAAGAGCAUGAUGCUGAAGAUGAUACAGAUUAUGAACCACAGACAAUAUGUGAACAUCUGCAGUACCUGUUUGCAUUGUUGCAGAACAGCAACAGAAGAUACAUUGAUCCGUCGGGACUUGUGAAGGCACUGGGGUUAGAUACAGGUCAACAGCAGGAUGCCCAGGAGUUCUCAAAACUCUUCCUGUCUCUUUUGGAGGACACACUGUUGAAGCAGAAGAACCCAAGCGUGCAAAAUAUUAUACAGCAGCAGUUCUGUGGACAGUGUGCUUAUGUUACUGUGUGUAACCAGUGUGGCAGAGAAUCGCAGCUCUUAUCCCGGUUCUAUGAACUGGAGCUUAAUAUCCAGGGUCACAAACAACUCACAGACUGUGUCACUGAAUUUCUUAAGGAAGAGAAAUUGGAAGGGGACAAUCGAUACUUCUGUGAGAGCUGUCAGAGCAAGCAGAAUGCUACCAGGAAGAUCCGGCUCUUCAGUCUUCCGCGCAUUCUUAACCUGCAGCUGAUGCGUUUUGUUUUUGAUAGACAAACUGGUCACAAAAAGAAGCUAAACACUUAUAUUAGCUUUCCAGAGAUCGUGGACAUGGGCCCCUACAUGGAACGAAAAGAUGAGAAAUGUGUAUAUGAGCUGAGUGCAGUUUUGAUACACAGAGGAGUAAGUGCAUACUCCGGUCACUACAUUGCUCACGUGCGGGAUGCCAGAACUAAAGACUGGUACAAAUUUAAUGAUGAAGAGAUUGAGAAAAUGGAAGGCAAGAAACUGCAGCUAGGAAUUGAGGAGGAUAUAGAGCCUUCCAAAUCCCAGACACGCAAACCAAAAUGCAGUAAAGGAUUUCACUGCUCACGGAACUCGUACAUGUUGGUUUAUAAGCGGCAGGUAGAGGAAGAAGUAGAAAAAAGUCAAAGUGAGAUUAAUGUUCAGGUGCCGGACUUUCUGCAGAAGUUAGUUGAGAAAGAUAACAGAAAGUUUGAAGAGUGGUGUGCUGAGAUGGCUGAGAUGCGCAAACAGAGUGUAGACAAAGGCAAAGCGAAACAUGAAGAGGUGAAGGAGAUCUACGAAUUGUUACCCGCCGAAGACGGUCAGCCAUAUGAGUUUGUGCCUUUGGAGUGGCUUCAGAAAUGGCUGGAUGAUUCCACAGUUACUAAAUCCAUCGAUAACUCCAAAUUCCUGUGUUCUCAUGGAAAACUGCACCCUGACAAAGUCGAAGAUGUGAAACGGAUAUCUCAAAAAGCAGCUACGCUUUUCUUUAGCAGAUACAAGGGUAGCCCCAGGUUAGAUGGUUCAGCCCUCUGUCAAAAAUGUGUCGUAGAGCGAUGCAGAGUGCUCAGAUUAAAGAACCAGUUAAAUGAAGAUUAUAAAGUUAUUUCAAACUUGGUGAAAGCUGCGGUUGACAGCAAUGAAGGAUAUUGGAUCGGUAAAGCAUCUCUUCGAAGCUGGCGACAGUUGGCUUUGGAACAGUUGGAUGAGAAGGAAGAGGAAACGAGGCACACCAAUGGCAAAACAAAUGGCGAGGGGUCAGCUGUUCUGGAGGCUCAAGAAGAGGCUCUUGGCAAUAGGAAAGACGAGGAAGAUGCGGAGCAGAAUUUACAUUUCAAUGAAGAUAUUCUCUGUUCUCAUGGUGGGCUUUGCAUAUCUGAAAUUGAGAGGAAGCUUGUUUCCACUGAAGUCUGGAACAGACUGAAGGUCUAUUUUCCCAAAGCACCGGAAUUCAUAUCCAAUCAGGAGUCCUGCCAAAAGUGCCAGACAUUGGAAAGAGAAGAUGAGGAAAACGAAGCUCUGCAUAAGAUGAUGGCAAAUGACCAGAAAACAGCUCUACUGAACCUCUUCCAAGAUAAGAACAGACCCACUCUGCAGAAAUGGCCUCAGGAGUCGGAUGUUCUUUAUAUUGUGUCCCUGUUUUUCGUGGAGGAAUGGAAAAAGUUUAUCAGGAGACCAGCUAGAUGUAACCCAGUGUCCUCUGUUGGAAACAGUGCCCUGCUGUGUCCACAUGGUGGCUUUAUGUUUACUUAUGAUUCAAUGAUCAAGGGGGACGCAAAACUAAUAGCUCUGUUGUGGCCCAGCGAGUGGGAUGCCAUAAGCAGGUUUUUUCUUGUGGAUCAGCCAAUUAAACUUUCCAGAAGAAUGGAAAAAACACAAAAUGACACUGUGAACUAUGAAUACCACACUGAUCCAGAGCUCUGUCUGGAGUGCAGGGAAGGAUUGCUGUUUCAGCAACAGAGAGACCUGCGUGAAUACACACAGGCCACCAUCUAUAUCCGCAAGGUGGCUGACAAUAAAAUGAUAGUGAAGGAGGCUGCUCCAGAUCUUAAUGUGAGUGGCUCAGAUGCUGAAGAUGAAAGAGAGGAGCCAAAGGCUGAAGGAGAAAGUGACCCUGAUUUUAACCAGUCCAAUGAUGGAGCUAAAAGACAAAAGCUGUCCAAUCCAAGCACAGCAUCAAGCAUCAGCACUAGCACCUUCACUGUUCAUCAGAAACCAGGAGCAAGGAGGAGCAUCAGACAUCGGAAAGUACGGGGGGAAAAGGCACUGAUCGUAUCUGCUAAUCAGACGCUGAAAGAACUGAAGAUCCAGAUCAUGCAUGCAUUCUCUGUGGCUCCCUUUGACCAAAACCUGUCUGUAGAUGGACAUUAUCUGACUGAUGACUCUGCAACAUUGGGCAGCCUUGGAGUCAUUCCUGAAUCUGUCAUAUAUUUUAAGGCUGACGAGCCAGUAGCUGAUUACACUGCAAUGGAUGAUGUUUUCCAAGUUUGUAUGCCUGAAGAAGGUUUUAAAGGUACUGGUCUUCUAGGACACUGAAAUUGCAUUGAAAGAAGAAACAUUACAGAAGACCAAAAACAAGGAACAUGUUGCAAGACCUCUUUAAAAUAAAGUGUAGAGUGCUUUUCUCUUUGUUCAUGACUACUUCUCCAAACAUCUGGGUAUUUUCUGUGUUUUUGUAUUUAAACAGGUUUAUGCAUUCUCAGAGCUUGAAAGCUACAUGGCUUCUUUAGUUCUGUUGCUCCAUUACUGGGAUUUAAACUUUCUUUCCCGUAUAAAUGUCUCUAACUUGCUACAAGCUUGCUAGGAAAAUCCUAGUUGCCUGGCCAUUGUCUGCUUCCUGAAUUGUCUGCUUCCUGAUUUACAGAAAACACAUGCAAGACUGUAUACUGACCCACUUGUACCAUAAGCAGCAGAACUUCUAGCCAUGCAGCUUUAUUGCAAACCAAAUAAAAAGAUCAUGGGGGAAAUAACAUUUACUAAUUAAUGUAAUAACCUUGCUUUCAGGCCAUGGGCUAAAAAUAAUUUUUAAACAUUAAAUCCUGUCUUCCUAGAAUUGGAAUCUUAACACAAAUUGCCAUGGUACCAUUAGAUUUGCUGUUGAAUCAUUUCAAGUGGGAUCUAUUUGGAAAACUUCAAAUAUGUCUUUACAUUACUGAUUAUGUCUGUACAUUAAACCAGUGAUAUGGGUAAACUUAUUAGUUACCCUAACCUAGUGCUUUAAUAAUGUGGGUCAUUCUAGAGUUGGCAGUUUUUUUUUUUUUCUCUUUCAAAAUCCAUUAAAAACCAGGCCUUUUUAAAUAUGAUAACCUAGCUCUAGGCUUUAUUUUUAUUUUAUUUAUUUUUUUACUUCUAUGAUUUUAAAAAGACAUUAUACUUGCAUGUGUGUGAGAUUAAGGAGCUUGAAUGCAUGAGCAUUUUUAAAUACUGUGGUUAGAUUAUUAGGCUCUGCAAUAAGGCUUUACUGAAAACAUACAUACUGACCAGCAACAGUAACUAACCUGAUCGUUUUAUGUAGGACACCCCUUCGAAUUCAACUAACAAAGUCAUGGAACAGUUGACAAACUGCAACACAUCUUCACGGAAGAAAUCAAACUUUACAAAUGUAUCUGGAAUUGUACUUUAUUCCUCAUACAACAGAGCUUUUUCCUCUGCCCAUGCUUAUCCAAGGGAUGCCUAAUGGUAUUUAAAUCAGGUAAGAACUCAAGUCAGGCUAGCACACUGAAAUUUUUCUAUUGUAGUUAAUCUUAUAUUUCACAAACAAUAUGGACAAUAAGUUGUAUCCUACACUGUAGCCUAGGUGCAUUACUUCGGCAGGCUGGUACACAAGAACUCAACAAAAUUUUCUUUUCAUCGCUUGGCAAACAUUGCAUAGAAAAAAAAAACAGCAAUGUCUAAAGUAGGAUGCUAAAAUGCAUCAUCUUGUUCAAUAUGUUCUCAUGCCCAAUAGUAUAUAUAUAUAUAUAUAUAUAUAUAUAUAUAUAUAUAUAUAUAUAUAUAUAAUUUUUUUUUAAAUUUUAAAACUAGUUCUAAUAUGUUCAUUUCAUUCUAAGUAAGAUGGAGCUGUUUGGCAAACAGACGUAAGCCACUUGUGGCCAUAUUCAUUAAACAUUGGCCUGCUAAUAAAUGCAUGGGGGUCCUAUGUAUUUUUAGUCACACUAUUGCUACAUGAAUACACCAGAUUUCUUACUAAAAAUAGUGGAUUGGAAUGGGAGCCACCAACAUAAAGUACUGCCUUACAACCAGCUCUGCAGUAUAAAAGGCCAACUUAGAACACAAGCAAUAUACAUUGCUUAAAUAAAAGAUGCAUCAUUUGUCAGCUGGUAAAAUGGGAGUGAAAAGCUGCAACUGAACUGCUAGUAACAGGUCAGGUGUGUGGCGAGUUUUGUUAUUUUGUAAACUGGGGUUUUGAACUUCUGAAAACCAUUUAUUUAUUUUUGCUCUGCAGUGUGUUUGCUGCCCUGUAUAGCCGAUGUUAAAACUGUCCAGGUUAAAGUGGUUGUAAGCAAGUUUGUGUGUCUCAACUGUAAUUGCACUCCAAUUCUUUUUUUCAUACUUAGUACAUACUUAAAAUAAAGGAUUUCCAAUA